CACCACCAUCACAACUCACUCUUAAUUCCCAUAUCCCCAUACCUCUGCUCCCUCAUACACUCUUGGUCUGGUAUCACCCUCAUCUUCGGAUACGCUGGUCCAAUUGUACACCGCCGCCGCCUCAAUCCAACCCUCACCCUGAAAUAUCCAUACUCUGUUUCACCUUUUCUGCCACCAUCCACCAGCCAAUCAUCUCCGCCACAUCUCUUCGUCCUGAUCCAAGAACCAACACUUCCCUUGCUCCUUGGUCCUACUCCCUGCUCCUAAACUCCUGUCCUUCUCCUGCACUCUUGGGCCAGGUUGUUGAUAUCCAGCGUCAUAUUACCUCCAUCAACAAACUUGUCUUUCCAGAGACCUGCGGCCCGUCCAGCCUUGUAUGGUUGUGCCAUUUUACUCGAUUUAAUCACAACUUCAUCUCCCCACACUCGCCUCGCCUCUCCACUCAAUAUCUAAAUAUCUCGCCUUUCAAUGCCUCGAUCCUGAUACCCCUCGGCAUGCCAGUUUCCCAUACCACCGAACCUACCACGAUUCACCUCGCUUCUCUAUCCUGUCAAAAUGUGGAGGAGGAAUCACUACCAGCCCGACCCUCAAAUGGGCUACCAAGCAUAUCCAGAGCCAAUAAUGGACGAUCGAUACCUUGAAACAAUACACGAGGUCGAGUCGUUAUACAGCAGGAACAGUCGACGCAGUAGUGUUGCAAAGACUCUUCCUGACCUCCCUUUCCGCGCUGUUCCUCCCAUGUAUGACAGAGAGUCGACAUAUUCCACUGAUCCCAUCUCUCCAAUCGCCGAAUCCUUCGCCCAGGCCCCUGCUGCUAAACCGCAAGAAACUACCCGCACACCCUCUACAGGGCCCGAGCCAAUCUCCCCAGUCAGCAGCAAGAGCACCACCCCUCCUGCCCACAACCCUGACACGGACAAUUCGCUUGUCUCCCCCAUUGACUCCCACUUCCCUCCCUCAGCUCAAACUGCUCAACGUCCAUCGCCUACAGUUAGCCAGAUUCCCAAACGGCUCCCUCUUCCAGUCGCCACCAUAUCCUCUGACGAGUCCACAAAGAUUCGAAAGCGCUGGUCCCACAAAGCCUCAAAGGAAGAGGAGACCCGAUGGGAUGCUUAUUCCGGCGAACCUACCGAUGCGCAACGUGGACAGCCCUCAGCAUUCCGUGCAGGCGGUCCUGCCUCACAACAGCCUCAGUAUCCACAACUCAAGGAAAGGACCAGGCUGAUCCUUGCCGGCAUCAAAGAUCGAGAGACUGCCAAAAAGGCGCCCUGGGGUAAAGAACCUCCCCCCGUCCAAGAUCCCAUGGAUAACCCCAUUCAACGCCCGGCUUGGAGAGGUGCCAGCGGGAGAACCCAGUUGGUCGAACCAGUCAAGAACACACCCGAGGCCCGUACCAAACCUCUGAUCCUUUUGCAAAGAAGAAGCCAGGGUGCUGACCUCCCCCGUAUUUCCACUGAACCAUCUACAAUCCCAAACUCAACUCAUGACUCAUCCCCGACCCCCACUUCUAUACGCCGUCCACCUGUCACAACUAAUUCCUCAGAAGAAUCUAUCAAACCUGUCGUCCCUCUCAAAGGCCGAAGCACUCCUCGUGUCCUCUCUCCUACCCAAGCAGACAAUGCGGCCAGUCUCGAUAGCCCUUUCCAUAGUCCCGCCCUGGCCCGUUUGAAUGCCUACAAUCCCUCUCUCAGCCCUGCUCCGAGUGCCACCCAGGACCAAGCAGGCGACAGUCCUACUCUGGGCUCUAUUCGUUCCUUCCAAGAUCCUCACCCUGCUUCGAGCAAUGAGUCUCUGACGGAACGCAACCAGCGACCUCUUGAGCGCGAACCAGACACUACAUCGAGCUGGAACACAUACGCAACUAGCACCGUCGAUCACUUUUACCAACCACCUGACAGUCCUACCAUCCAGCCAGAUCUGACCAGCAGUCCCACCACCAUGACUGACCCCAAUUUCAUGCCCAGUCCUAUCGCAGUCCGAAAAAGGGUAGGCGGUAGUGGCGUUCGCAACUAUGACAACCAGAACAUCGUCUCACCAUUUUCCAAGAUCAACGCGCGAAAAUCCAGCUCCAGCAUUUUGCGCAAGGCAAUCGGCAGUGCCGAGAAGCAUCGAUCCGUUAGUCUCACGUCAGUCACAAAGUCGCUACCCCCCACCCCUGUGGAGAUCGAGGCCACCGACAAAGCCUCGUCUCUCGAAGCUCGCCUUGAAGAUCUGACUCGGCGCAAGCGAAACAACAACAAGAUCAUUCAGGAACUACGCGAGUCUCUCAAGCGCAACGCCAUCAUUUACGACUCGUACAAACGUCGGGAGGUGGAGAAAAUGAUCAUCAAUCUCAACCUCGAGCUUCAGGAAAUCACCAACGAAGAGCACGAGGUAGGCUUGCGUCUGCACCGCGUUCAGAGACGACGCGACAAAGACGAUUUUUACGAGAAACCCACAGGUCUGUGGAUCAAGCGAGUCACCACUUGAUGAUCCGGCAGAUUCGACACACCAGAUAUUGCGCAGGCGCGAUCAGAAGGCUUGUUUCGACCAUCGGACAACCUCAUGUAACAACAACUACAACAACUACACUAUCCACAAAACCACACACCAAACAAUGGCGAUUUCAUCCUGCAGCUCAUCAGCAUAGCAUGCGUGACUUAACUUUAGCUGACUUUAGCGGGCGGCGUUGCAACAAAGAAGCAAGCAUGGAAGUUCACACACACAUACACCACACAUCACGUUGGGUACCUUAGAUAGGAGUUUUUAAGAGGGGACAUGUUUCCAAAAUAUGACGAACUGGGUGCUUGAUAGCGAUUGAUAGCGAACAUGGCGGAGGAGAGUUUUUAUCUCAUUGGGAAGAAACGCAGGCGUAUUCAACACCUGGAUUGGUGGCAGGGAGAACAGCCGAUGAUGAAUGGCACUGGAAGUAAUUUUGUCUCAUUUCGCCAUGAACUCUCUCUCUCACUCUUCAGCAUGUUUCGAUAGGAAGGGGAGGGGACUGCCUUGAUCUUGAUCUUGAUUCUGAUCUUGGUUUUGGUAUUGGCCGUGGACUUGGACUUUUGUAUUAAUUGAUGAUACCCCCAACAUUGAUCUAUCUCGACAUUGAC